GGAUUAAGAAUUUAAGUAAAACAUUACUCAACGCCAUAAUUUAUAGUUGCCUUACAGUUAGCUUAUUCAAGAGCAAGGUUUUCAUUUUCGUUCGUGCUGUUUGAAUAUUUUCAAAUAUUUAAAAUGGUUUGUGAAAAGUAUUUUUCUAAAUUUUUCGAAAGCAUCAAGCCUCGUAAAAAGAACAAACAACUCAACCCGAAAUCAGAUUGUUUGCCAACUGAAAUCCAUCACCACACAACGACUCAGAUUCAUAAAGUCGACUUUAGUUGGACAAUAGACGAAUUAGAUUUCCAUAUAACGAAAAAGGAGUUCCUAAAAUCGUGCAAGUUUUCAUCCAUCACAAACGACGAAUGUAAAUGGCGUUUGUUCUGUUUGCCCUAUGAUAAACUUUAUAAGCCUGGGAGCGACGUCCUCGUGGGAAUCUGUGUAUGCCUAGUUUUUAUACCGGAUCAUGCAGAUACUAAAUUACUCGUAAAAAGUGAGAUUUGUUUUCUGAAUUGCACACAAAAAGAAUUAAAAAAUCGUACAGCAGCAACAACAAGUACAACGAGGCCAAUUGAUAAAUAUGGUUGCAAGAAUAUACGCAUUAUGUGUAUGCCUGUUGGUUUGAAAAAAAAACAUAUUUUACCCGGCAACAAAUUAACCAUUCGACUCAACUUAACAUACACAAACAUUGACGACUCUACAAUUAUUUCUAUUCAAGAUAACACCUCAAAAAGCGAACGUUUAGAACAGUUCGCCAUACUGUAUAGAAAGGACAAAUGCAAGAACGUCUUAAUUUCAGUCAAGGGUAAGAAUUACUUGGUUCAUAAAGCUACUUUGGCCGCAUACAGUCCAACUUUUGCUGCAUUCUUCGAAAGAACACCGGAAAAAGGAAACAUCACCCAAAUAAAGAUUCCCGAUGUAAACAAAGAAGUGUUUGGUGAAAUGUUGAAAUACAUUGAAACCGGAACAUUGUCCGAUGAAAACAAGACCGUCGAUUUAUUCAUUUUAGCUACUGAAUUUAACUUAGGAGAAUUGCAAUCCAAAGUGAUAUGGUUUAUGCAUGAUAAAUAUCAGUGGCGUACCUAGCCGAAAUUUGACCAUUUGGUCAUCAAUACUUCAUAAUUAUUUUACUUUACAGUUCGGUUGUGAUUUUUGUUCGGGUUGAUUAAAUAUUUACAAAUAAAAUAAGAAGUACCUAAAUAAAUAGGUAAUAUAAUUCAAGUU